UUCUUUAAUUAUUUUAGAUGGUGAACAUACAUCUGUUAAAACAGUAGUAACAUCAAAAGUUGGAGGUCUAGCAAGUUUUAUAACAAAAAAAGAUAAAUGUAUUGGAUGUAAAACUGUAUUACAAGAACAAGGUACUGCUCUUUGUUCAUAUUGUAAACAAAAAGAAGGUGAUUAUUAUCAAAAAGAAAUUGAAUCAUUGCAAGAAUUAGAAGAAAAAUUUACUCGUUUAUGGACAGAAUGUCAACGAUGUCAAGGUGCUAGACUUGAAGAUGUUCUUUGUACAAAUCGUGAUUGUUCAAUAUUUUAUAUGCGACGUAAAGUUCAAAAAGAUCUAACUGAUCAAAAUCGUAUUGUUUCACGUUUCAAUGUUGCUCCUCUCAAUUGGUAA